AUGGCAACGCGGAGACUGGCAGUAAGGCCCAUAACCUCAUGUGGCCUUGCCGGCGGUCGCGGCUGCAUCGCCAGCGCAGUGCGGCGGCCGCUGGGGCCACACCGAGCGCCGCUGCUGACAGUCGCCGCGUCGCAGCCCGACACAGAGGAGGCACGCUCCCCAGCUGAUGCCCCACAGGAGUGGGAGGCGCCGCAGCCCAGCCGCCGUCCGGACAUCUUCCCGGAAUUUGAAAAGAUGGAGCGCGUGUUCCUGCCGAAGCCGCUGCCUGGGGAUCCCGAGAUGCCGGAUGAGGAAGCCGAAGAGGCGGCCAAGCGCACAGAGCCGGGUGACCCUGACCCGGAGGCGCCGGCGGGCGAGCCGUCGGAGCCGGAGCCGCAGCCAGGGGAGGACCCCGCCGGGCCGGAGAGGAAGGACCCCUCCAUCCCCCAGGCGCCAGAGUGA